CCUAGCCUAAUCCAGGGGCAAAACAGUCAACAUGCUGAUAUUCCCCGCGCCUUUUCACCCUUCUGUUUCAUCAGCAUAUAAAUUCCUUCCAAAAUCACCGAAAUCAACAACCAGAAAAUCCCAAAACAUUCCAUAAAUGGAGCUUCAGAGAGGAUUUCCACUGCUGUGGCAGCAAUACAAAGCUCUGCUCUUCAAAAAUCUGCUGCUCUCAUGGAGGAACAAGCGCUCCACUUUCCUCCAGCUCUUCUCAUCGCUCUUCUUCAUCGCGCUCAUUUUCUUCAUCCAGGAAGCCAUCGAGGCGCGCUACGCCGCGUCCUCUUCCUUCAAAAACAAUGUCGAUCCGAAGCCGCUGGUGGCGCCACCGAUUGCGCCGUGCGAGGACAAGUACUACGCUAAGCUGCCGUGCUUUGACUUUGUGUGGAGUGGGAAUGACAGUGCGAGGAUUCGAGAGAUUGUGCGGAGGAUUAGAGUGAAUAAUCCUGGCAGGCCUAUUCCUGAAGACAAGGUUAAAGACUUCAGAACACCAGAUGAAACAGACGAUUGGCUUGCCAGCAAUCCCAUGCAGUGCUCUGGUGCUCUCCAUUUCAUAGACAGAAAUGCUACUGUAAUUAGCUACGGGAUACAGACUAAUUCUACUCCACUUGCUAAGCGAGGGAUUUUUGAAGAUCCAACAUUUAAAAUUCAAAUUCCUCUUCAACUUGCUGCAGAGCGGGAAAUUGCAAGAUAUCUAGUGGGAGAUGCUAGCUUUAGUUGGGUUGUCAGUAUAAAGGAAUUCGCCCACCCUGCACUUGAAAUAUUUUCUGCUGUGCAGAGCGCAGGACCGACCUUUUUCCUGGCCAUUGCCAUGUUUGCCUUUGUCUUCCAAAUUAGUGCUUUGAUAACGGAAAAAGAACUCAAACUUCGCCAGACUAUGACAAUGAUGGGCCUUUAUGAUACCGCAUAUUGGUUAUCAUGGCUCACAUGGGAGGGAAUACUCACCUUUAUUUCAUCCCUUCUAACAGUACUUUUUGGGAUGAUGUUCCAAUUUGAUUUCUUUUUGAACAACAAUUUUGCAGUUGUCUUCCUCUUGUUUUACCUUUUCCAAUUGAGUAUGGUUGGUUUCGCCUUUAUGCUUUCUGCCUUUAUUGGAAAGUCAUCUUCAUCCACAACUGUGGGCUACUUCAUCUUUAUUAUUGGUUUCUUGACUCAGCUUGUCACAACAUUUGGAUUUCCUUACAGCCAGAACUUCUCAAAGACCUACCAAACUGUGUGGUCAUUCUUCCCACCUAAUCUUUUUGCAGCAGGUUUGAACUUGCUUUCACAGGCUACCGAAACUCCUCAAGAUCCUGGUGUCAGCUGGAAAGGGAGGUUGAGAUGUGCACCUAAUGAUGUGGAAUGUGUCAUAACAAUCAAUGAUAUUUACAUAUGGCUUGUAUCAACUUCCUGUUUGUGGUUCGUUCUGGCCAUCUACUUGGACAAUAUAUUCCCAAAUGCAUCUGGUGUAAGAAAAUCAGUAUUCUACUUUCUAGUUCCAGGCUACUGGACUGGGAAAGGUGGAAACAAAUCAGAAGAGGGAAGCAUUUGCAGUUGUAUGAGCUCAGUUCCACCUUUGGAAAACAUUCAUCCGGAUGAUGAGGAUGUACAAGAAGAGGAAACCAUAGUGAAACAGCAAGCUGCAGGAGCCAAUGUUGACUCUAGCAUUGCAGUUCAAAUACGUGGUCUUGUGAAAAUUUAUGCUGGAGCAACAAAGAUUGGUUGCUUCAGGUGCAAGAGAACCUCCCCUUACCAUGCCCUCAAGGGCAUGUGGCUGAACUUCCCCAAGGAUCAGCUGUUUUGCCUUCUCGGACCUAAUGGAGCUGGGAAAACUACUGCCAUCAAUUGUUUAACUGGGAUUACACCAGUCACUAGUGGAGAUGCUUUAAUUUAUGGGAAUUCUAUACGGAACUCUACUGGGAUGUCGACCAUCCGGAGGAUGAUAGGAGUCUGUCCUCAGUUUGAUGUCUUGUGGGACGCACUAUCAGGUCUAGAGCACCUUUACUUGUUUGCCAGCAUCAAAGGUCUGACCCCUGCUUCGAUUAAAUCGGUUGUAGAGAACUUAUUAGCAGAAGUCAAACUUACUGAAUCAGCUAAAGUCAGAGCCGGUAGCUAUAGUGGGGGAAUGAGACGUCGGCUUAGUGUUGCUAUUGCCCUAAUUGGUGAACCGAAGUUGGUUAUUAUGGAUGAACCGACUACAGGAAUGGAUCCAAUAACUAGGAGGCAUGUCUGGGAUGUCAUUGAAGGAGCUAAAAGGGGACGUGCGAUUAUUCUAACAACUCAUUCAAUGGAAGAGGCAGAUAUCUUAGGUGAUCGAAUAGGAAUUAUGGCGAAAGGCAGGCUUCGCUGCAUUGGGACUUCGAUAAGGUUGAAGUCACGGUUUGGAACGGGCUUUAUUGCCAACAUAAGCUUUGUGGAGGAUGUUAGUAGUCCUCCAAACCAGGGAGAUACUCACAGUAAUUCUCAACAUGUAGCUGUGAAAGAGUUCUUCAAAUCUCAUUUGGAUGUUACACCUAAAGAGGAGAGCAAAUCUUUCUUGACCUUUGUUAUCCCCCAUGAAAAGGAGAAACUAUUGAAGAAUUUCUUCACCGAGCUCCAGGAGAGAGAGAAAGAGUUCGGCAUAGCUGAUAUCCAACUUGGGCUGACAACUCUCGAAGAAGUAUUUCUGAAUAUAGCAAAACAGGCAGAGCUGGAAACUGCUGCAGCUGAGGGCACCUAUGCCACUCUCAUGCUAAACUCCGGGGUGUCUCUUCAAGUUCCGGUAGGAGCAAGGUUCAUCGGUAUUCCAGGAACAGAAUCGACAGAGAAUCCUAGGGGCAUAAUGGUACAAGUGUACUGGCAGCAAGAUGAUUCUGGAUCACUCUGCAUCUCUGGUUACUCCGAGGAGAUGCCUAUACCGUCUCACGUGCAGCUCCAUACUGCUUCUUCCGCAUCUCACACGAAUACUUCUGGAAGACGAAGGCAAAUUCAUGGAAUCGUGAUAGAUCCUUCACAGAUUACUGACUCAGAUUUGCGCUCUUGACUCGUGUAAAUGCCAGUCUUUGUUAUGAUCUCUUAGAAAAUUUAAGUACAUAGACAUGGUUUUCUUGCGUAGUUUUGUGUCAUGUCCACAUUUGUGAGCUCUAGUUCAGAAACUCUCCUUUUGUUUUUCUUCUAUUUUUUUAGUGAAAAGAGAGAGAACAUCAUUGUCAGUAUACUUGUAUAAUAAUUGUGAAAAAUAUAUUAUACACGCAGCAUUUGUUUUGGCA